GUGACGGGGAUGGACGCUGCGGUUUGUUGUUAUCGUCGAGGGCGGCGCGGGAGAUGGGACGAGGUGGACGCGUACGGGUUGUGUUGAUCGUUCGUCUGAUCUUAUUAGAUCCGGAGUUAUGCUAUAGCCCCGUACACGGUGUGGGUGUAUGUGUGUGCCGCGAAGAGGCGGGGGGGUGCGUGUACAUGUUCGGAACUAUCGAACGCAUUGAUGGGAAGAGAUCCCGUUAUUGGUUGUUGGGCGGAUGGAGAUGUGAAGUAUCGGUUGACGUGUCGAGAGGACGCGGUGGCGGAUACGGGGUUGGUCAACGUUGGCAAAGCGGUUUGUGAGAAGUCUAUACUGCGGAGAUCGUGGUUUGGGAUGGCCGUGUACGGUGUGCGUGUAUGAUCGAGACUCGACAGGGAGGCCGGGCACGUCCAGCCGCAAGGAGUUGCUGGCUGGUCGAC